AUGGUCGAGGAGAUGCUCAUUGCUAGGGUUCACGUACACGUCAAGGUCCUACAAGUGCGCGGCGCUCAAUACAAAUAUCGAGGCCACGUUGUCCACUUUCUUCGCAACGUUGGUAGGCUAUUUGAAGAGCUCCCAGUGCUACCGCAGGAGCUAGAUAUCGUGCUCCUACGGCCUCCUAAUAUGGAAGGCGACCCUCACUUCCAGCAACAGUUUGCUCGCGAUUUCCGGUGCCACCACCCGGGCUAUCGCGAUAUUGUCGUCCCCCAAGGCCCCGUUGAGGAGGCUAUGGAUGAGGAUCCUAGCGAUGCCGACGCAUCAGCGAUCCCGAAUUUGCAGGUUACCGAUACCGAAUUGAACGCCUUGCAGUCUAGAUUUCAACGGACCCCCAUCAACGAGUUCAACCGUUCCCAGCCGCUGUUAACGCUCGCGUUCCCCACCCUCUACCCUGACGGCAAGGCCGACUUCGUGGAGCCUCGCCUACGGAGCAUCACGUACCAGGACUACCUUGGCCAUGCGAUGAGAUGGCGUGAUGGACGUUUUGCCCGCCAUAAGACGUGGCCUUUCGUCGCCCUCAACACGCUGUUACGCGCGCAGGUCCGAAAGCGAAGUGACUACUUUGUCAGGCAACGCGACAGCCGCCGCCAACCCCUUACACGCGCUGACCUAGAGGAGGCGAUGGCUGAGCCUGACGAGCCGGAGGCUCAGGCCCUGAUCCAGUCGAUCACGCGCCAAGCAGCGGAGUUGGAAGCAUAUGCCUAUAAUCUAGGCAGGCCCGGCCUCUUCGCUACUGCUAUUGUCCUGAAGCGGAAGUUCAACCUAACGGACUUUUGGGUCGACUUGGAUCCUGACAAUGAUCGGUCCCGAGAGCGAUUCGCCCGUAUCUGGGGAUAUUACAUAUCUGCUAUCAACCCGGAGCCUCGGCGCAUACAGCACUGGAGCUUUAGGGGCGCGCGGAACGAUGGCCAGAUUAACCACUAUAACCGCUUGCUUACCGUUGCGUGGCUAGCCAAUACAGAUGUCUCGCCCUGCACGAGUCUACAGCAGGUGAUCGACUACGCAGCAAAAUACUGCUCCAAGCAUUCCCGCUACCUCCGCAUUGACGGCGAUGAGGUUGAUGAGGCACCCAACGUCUACGAGAAGUACAGUCAACGCCCAGAAGCUCUAACGGACCUCACUUACGUCUCCUUCCUCAAAUUCUGGAAUUUCCGCUCUAGAGACCCUUCCAAGUGGAAGCAAUGGCAGCCAGGCAACGUCCACGGCAGGCCCCGCCAGCAGUGGCCAGACUACUGCCGUGCCUUCUCCUAUUGUUGGCAGCAUCACAGUCACGAUGAUGACCAUUACGGCCAGCCAAGUGAGGCUCGAUUACAGCCUCAAGAGGAUCAAUACGAGGCUCUGCCUGUGGAGGAAGAAUUUGAUGACGAAGACUGGAUUCGCCUGGCUGCCCUUUUACCUGACCACCCCCUUACCCAGGAAGACCUUGACAUACUUGGCCACCGCGAUAUCGACGUCAAUUACGACUGGUCCCGGCAUGUGGGUACUUAUCCGGAGCUUCGAGAUGGCUACUGGAAAGACCUUAUCGCUAGCCACCCCGUAGCCAACAAUGUGGAGGUCCUUGGCCCUCACUGGCGUGAUGAGCUGAACCCACAACAACGGCUCGUGUACGACACAUUCAUAGGUCACUUCCAGGCGCAAAAUCCUACUCAAAUCCUUCUUCACGUUGAUGGUGGUGGUGGCACAGCCGCCCUACCGAAUCCUAGCCCAAUUUGCCGCGUGGCGCCAACAGGCGUUGCGAGUAACCAGAUACAGGGUAGCACUAUUCAUUCGUUGCUACGCCUCCCUGUGGGUGGUCCUUUUACCGACCUUCCCCCAACCGACGCAGCCGCCCUUCAGUCCCGCCUACGGCACGUGAAAUACCUCGUUAUCGAUGAAAAGAGCAUGCUAGGGCUUGAGCAGCUCGCGCGGAUCGAUUCCCGUUUGCGACAGGCCUUUCCACAGCGCAAAGUCGAGUUCUUUGGUGGUGUGAGCGUCUUGCUUGUGGGCGAUUUCUUCCAGUUGCCACCAGUCCGGAAAGGGCAGGUAGCCUACCGGUUGUUUGACCGCACUGUCUUCCUGAUCACGGUACAGCGCCAGGUUGGCGAUGAUCAGGCCCAGUUCCGUCAGGCGUUUAAUCGGGUACAGGCUAGGCUAAUGCAGGGUGAGGUUGACAGCUUCAGUACCGCUUUGCGGGUGUAUUCUACAAAGGCCCGGGUCAACGAAUACAACCACGAGCAUAUGGGCGCGGGACAGGCACCAAGCGACAAUGCUGGCAAUCUAUCUAACAAGUUCCCUGUUGCCAAGGGCGCCAGGGUAAUGCUCACUACUAACCUAUGGCAGCCAGCUGGCCUAGUUAACGGUGCUCAGGCCGUUAUCAUGGUGGACUUUGACAGCUACGACGGACCGUCAUAUCUAACAACUAAUGAGGGCAGGAAAAUCUCACCCAUCCUCCCAAGCCUAACGAAGGAUCAAAUAGUUACUGACCUCGCUUCACGCGACUUCCAGGCCGGUAUUAGCUAUGUUGCUGUAUCACGGGUUACGUCGCUGCAAGGCUUACUCCUUGAGGCGCCUUUCGAUCGUCAGAGCCUCUAUAACCACGCGCCGACGGAAGGGAUGAAGAUGCGCCUCGCUGACCAAAAACGCCGUCAGGCUCAACAGCUUACCGAUGCGCCGUAUCCACCACUUUAUCUUGACUAA